AUGAGCUCGCCUCCCUCCGGCUCGGGUGGAGGUGCUGUGACGGCCACCUUUCUCGAGCAGACUGUCUCGCUGCUUGGGUCGGCCGCUUCCUACAUGCGCCUGCCGGCCAUUGCAUCGACUGGCGUCGCUGCUGUCCUCACAUCCCUCCUCUACUUUAAGCAAAAAGCCCUCAUCUACCCGUCGCACGUCCCCGCCAACGCACGCAACGACAUCCCGAGCCCCAAGCAGUUUGGCCUCACCGACUUUGAGGAGCUGGUCAUUCCCACCGACGACGGCGAGAAGCUCGCCGCCUUCUACAUUCGCGGUCCCCGCGGCCCGGCCGAGGCACGAAACAGCCGCCAUGCCCGCACCACCGUCAUCAUGUUCCACGGCAACGCGGGCAACAUUGGCCACCGCCUGCCCAUUGCCCGCAUGCUGCGCCAUCUCGUCGGCUGCAACAUCUUCAUGCUCGAGUACCGCGGCUACGGCAGCUCCACGGGCGAGGCGGGCGAGUCCGGCCUGAGCGUCGACGCCCAGACUGCGCUCGACUACCUGCGCAACCGCGCCGAGACCAGCACCCACAAGUUUAUUGUUUACGGCCAGAGCCUCGGCGGCGCCGUCUCCAUCCGCCUCGUUGCCGACAACCAGCAACAGGGCGACGUCGUCGGGCUCAUUCUCGAAAACACGUUUCUCAGCAUGCGUAAGCUGAUCCCCCAGAUCCUACCGCCUGCCCGCUACCUGACGCUGCUGUGCCACCAAGUCUGGCCGAGCGAUUCCGUCAUUCCGACCAUCACAAAAGUACCCAUUCUGUUCCUGAGUGGCCUCAAGGACGAGAUCGUGCCGCCCAGCCACAUGCGCCAGCUGUACGACUUGUCGCAGGCGCCCAACAAGAUCUGGAAGCCGCUGCCGCUGGGCGACCACAACUCGAGCGUGCUCGAGGAGGGCUACUUUGAGGCCAUUGCCGACUUUAUCGCCUCGGCCACCGACGAGGGCCCGACUGAAAAGCCUUUGUUAUAG